UCUCUGAGUUUUGUUUAUACAAACUCAAAAAUCUCACUCAGAUUUCGAUCAAAUCCCUCAACUUUGCCAAAUGGGUUCGUACAGACACUUGCAGCUGCAGGCUUUUAUCACAGCCGUUUUUACUAUUAUUAUUAUUUCUACAACUCCAAUCAGCCAGCUCAAGGCACAUAAGAUGUGCCUUGAGAGAGAGCCUCAGACUCCUGGCCAUCAUCUCCUUCUUCUUUUUCACUCAUAGAUCACUGUGACAAUAAUAGGCUCUCUUUUUAGCCUUAUUAUCACUACUCUUUCUCUUACCCUUCGAGCCUCAUUUAAUCCCUGCAACCGCAGUGUGAUACAUGCAUUUAUGUACCCCACUGUUCCUGCAGAAACUGUUUUCUUUCUGGGUUUUUCUUGUUUAUGGGUAUUCAUUAUCAUUGUCAGAUAGCCUAAUUACUGCCAUUUCCACAAAACCUUUUCGUAUAGCUUUCAUUACACCUAGCAUCAUAUGUAUGCUAGCAGCGUCUUCUUUCUUACUUCCUAUUACUGCUACUUCUUCUUGUAACUGCUACAUGUACUGGAACUAUUACUGCUUAUUAAUACUUCAAGUACAGGCACUUCUUGCUCGGUCUAUUUCUUCGCUCUGGUUUUCAAGUUUGAGCGAUUCGGAGAUUUAAGGACUUAUUAAGUUUGUGACCAAAUGGCUGCUCCGUCGGGUUUCUCUCCCUCGCUGCCGCCACCGCGUCCGAAGUCGCCGCCGGACUAUCCAGAUUUAUACGGGAAGCGCCGUGAAGUGGCCAAGGUUCAGAUGCUUGAAAGAGAGAUUGGCUUUCUUGAGGACGAAUUAAAAUCCGCUCAAAGCCUUCAACCAGCUUCUAGAUGCUGCAAAGAGAUUGCUGAUUAUGUGGUGGAAAACUCUGAUCCUAUUAUACCUACAAAUCGAAAGAAUCAUCGGACCUGUCGCUUGUGGAAAUGGCUCUGUGGAAUGCCUUGUUUUAACCUCUCUUGGAUCUGCUGUUGCUGCUCUACUGGGUGCUCACUUCAUCUAGAGAUGCCGCGCUGCUGCUGUGACAGCAAUCCAUGCAAGUGUGGUUCCUGUGUCAGCUGCUGCAGCAGCUGUGACUGCAAUCCAUGUACCUGUGGUUCCUGUGUCAGCUGUUGUCAUUUCCCGAAGUGGUGCUGUUGUGCUUGUCCCAGAUCACAUUGCUGUAAAAAAGUUUCGUGCAGCAGAAGUUGUUGCAAUUUCCCAUCUCCUUCAUGCCCUGACUGCUCUUGCUGCAUUUGGAGAUGUACACGUCCCAAAUGUCCAAAGGUACGCCCUUGUUGCUGUUGUACAAAAACCUGUUGCAACCCUUGUUAUCUGUGUUACUAGUAUAUUGGUGCAAUCCCAUUCUGGAGCACAGUUCUUCAACAUGGAAGUUUAUUUUUAAUUGAGUAUAAAACUUGGAUAUUUGGAUGGCUUUAAGAUAGUAUCUUCAAGUUCAAUAUAAAUGGGCAAUAGGUUGAUC